AUGAACACCAGCUCCGAAUCCAAUCCGAGCUCAAGCCUGAGUCAUUCGAUCUACACCAGCUACCUGGAGCACUCGAAGAUCGACAUGCAGGGGGAGGACGCCAAUCUCUAUGUGGCCCGGGCACUCCGGCUGGUCAUCGAGAACGUGCUGGCCCAGCUGAGCACCACCCUGGUGGUGGCCAUUUCCACUCGUCACCUGGGCACAGCACGGUGGUUCGAUUACAUGAUGAACAAUCUGAUGGAUUCGUGGCGAAUGGUCUCGGUGCAGCUGCUGCGCAUCCGACCGGAAAUAGUGGCUCAUCCGGUUCUAGGCAGGAAACACGUCAGCCUGUUGAUGGUGGACUCCUAUCAGGGAUUGCUCGACACCAACAUCACUGCCAGCAAUGCGGACUUCGAUGAACCGGACUACUACUUCAUCUUCCUGCAGGCGCGGGACCACCUCAUUCCCAAGCAGCUCCAGCUGAUCCUGGACCACUGCCUGGCCCACUUUUGGCUGCACUGCAACGUGAUGAUCCAGACCGCCCAGGUGGAGGUGCUGGUGUACACCUAUUAUCCCUACACGGCAGGUGGCUGCCAGGAGGCUCAUCCCGUUCCGGUGAAUGCCUUCGAUGGUCGCAAAUGGAAGGCGUCCCAGAUGUUUCCCGACAAGCUCAGCCAGAUGCACGGCUGUCCACUGACUGUGCUCACCUGGCACCAGCCGCCCUUCGUGGAGUUGGUCUGGGAUCCCAAACACAAUCGCAGCCGUGGCGCUGGCUUCGAGAUCCAGCUGGUGGAGCACCUCGCUCGCCGGAUGAACUUCAGCCUGGAGCUGGUGAAUAUCUCGCUUCUGCGCCCGAACGCCUAUCGCCUGGCGGAGGGCUCCAUCGAAGGACCCAUAGAGCUGCUCCAGCAGCGCAGUGUGAACAUCAGCCUGGGUUACUUCCGCAAGACGGCGCGCCGGAGUCAACUCCUCACUACGCCCAUGUCCUACUACUCGGCCAAUCUGGUGGCCGUCCUCCAGUUGGAGCGCUAUCGCAUCGGCUCGCUUGCGCUGUUGGUAUUUCCCUUCGAUUUGUCCGUUUGGAUGCUCCUGCUGCUGGCAUUGCUGAUUCACCUGGGCAUCCAUCUGCCAUCUGGAGGGCGGGGGAAUCAGGAAGGCGGUGGCGGAGGAUUGCAGGUGGUGGGCCUGCUCUUGGGCGCCGCCUUGGCGCGACUGCCGCGCCCCUGGAGGCAUCGCUUCAUUGCCGCCCACUGGCUGUGGGCCAGUAUACCCCUGAGGAUAUCGUAUCAGUCCCUGCUCUUUCACUUGAUCCGCCUGCAGCUGUACAGCACUCCCUCGUUAUCCCUGGACCAGCUGCUGGCGGAGGGAUUCCAGGGUAUUUGCACUGCGAAUACCCAUCGAUUGCUGCUUGAGAUGCCACAGGUGGCCCGCGAUCCCUAUAGCAUUCAGUCCCUGGACACUCCCUACGAUUGGGACAUUUUGAAUGUACUCACGCGGAACAGCAAUCGCAAAAUAUUCGCCGUGGCCAAUCAGGAUGUCACCCUAUCCUUCCUACACGCCUCCGCACAUCCCGAUGCCCUGCACGUCGUCAAACAGCCCGUGAAUGUGGAAUACGCUGGCAUGUAUAUGCCCAAACACUCGUUUCUAUACGAGAAGGUGGACGAGGACAUUCGGCGGCUGGACGCCAGCGGAUUCAUCCACGCCUGGCGACGCGCAUCCCUGUCAUCCGUCCGUCUGGUGGAGCAGGUGCCGGCGACCAGCCGGCGGUACGUUAACCAUGCCAAGCUCUCCGGCAUCUACAUGGUCAUGGCGGGUCUGUAUCUUCUGGCUGCUCUCGUGUUCGCCGGGGAGCUACUACUUCGCCAGCGGAACUAG